GCGGCCGGGGCGCGAGGCGGUUCCGGGAGCGCGGGGAGGGGGUGGCGGCGCGCGCUGGCGGCGGCAGCAGCGGAGGAGGUGCCCCCCGGCCGCCCCGCCCCGGCCCGGCCCGCAGGAAGCGGUGCCGCCCGCGCUGCGCUCCCGUGAGAGGGCGGAGGGGUCCGCGGCAGCCGGCCAGGCGGGCAGGCAGGGAGGGCAGCGUCGCCUGCACCGCGCAGCCCGCCCCGUGCCGCCGGUGCGCGGCGGGGCGUGAGGGCGGGCAGCGCCGCCGCCGGCCCCGCCUCCGCAGGCCGCGUACCCCGCCGCGGCCGCGCUAGCCCGGCACUUGUUGCUGACGCGAUGGUGGCCGGCCCGGCCGCCUAGGGAGCCGCCGCGCGGAGGGAGGGGGGCUGCCUCGGCUCCCAGCGGGGCUGGGCCCCGGUUUAAUUUCGUUUUAUUUGUAUUUUUUCCCCCGGUUUUGCCUCCCCGCAGCGUGCCCGCGGGGCGGCCGUGAGCCCCCGGCGGCGCCUGCCGCCACCCCCCACCCCCCCCUCCCCGGCCCAGCUGGGGGGGGAAAAAAGACAAAAUGUCUUUUUUCAACUUUCGCAAGAUCUUUAAGCUGGGCGGCGAGAAGAAGAAGAAGCAGUACGAGCACGUCAAGAGGGACCUGAACCCGGAGGAGUUCUGGGAGAUCAUCGGGGAGCUGGGGGACGGCGCCUUCGGGAAGGUCUUCAAGGCCCAGAACAAAGAAACAAAAGUACUGGCUGCUGCAAAGGUGAUUGAUACUAAAUCGGAAGAAGAACUAGAAGAUUACAUGGUCGAGAUUGAUAUUUUAGCAUCCUGUGAUCAUCCUAAUAUUGUUAAGCUCCUAGAUGCUUUCUACUAUGAAAAUAAUCUAUGGAUCCUGAUCGAAUUUUGUGCAGGUGGAGCAGUAGAUGCAGUAAUGCUGGAGCUUGAGAGGCCGUUAACAGAGCCACAGAUCAAAGUGGUGUGCAGGCAGACACUGGAAGCGUUGAACUACUUGCAUGAAAAUAAGAUCAUCCACAGAGAUCUAAAAGCUGGCAAUAUUCUUUUCACAUUAGAUGGAGACAUUAAACUAGCGGACUUUGGAGUAUCAGCUAAAAACACAAGAACAAUACAGAGAAGAGAUUCUUUUAUUGGUACACCAUAUUGGAUGGCUCCAGAAGUAGUAAUGUGUGAGACAUCUAAAGACAGACCUUAUGAUUACAAGGCUGAUAUUUGGUCUCUUGGCAUUACUUUAAUAGAAAUGGCUCAAAUAGAGCCACCUCAUCAUGAAUUAAAUCCAAUGCGAGUGCUUCUGAAAAUAGCAAAAUCAGAUCCACCUACAUUAGCACAGCCUUCAAAAUGGUCUUCAGAUUUUAAAGACUUCCUAAAGAAAUGUUUGGAAAAGAAUGUGGAUGCAAGGUGGAGUGCAACCCAGCUUCUACAGCAUCCAUUUGUUACUGUUACUUCCAAUAAACCAAUAAGAGAAUUGAUUGCAGAAGCUAAAGCUGAGGUUACAGAAGAAGUUGAAGAUGGUAAAGAUGAGGAGGAAGAGGAAGAAACAGAAAAUUCUCUGCAAUUACCUGCAGACAAGCGUGCAUCCUCUGACCUUAGUAUUGCCAGCUCUGAAGAGGAUAAACUUUCACAGAAUGCCUCUGUUCUGGAAUCUCUUUCUGAGAAAACAGAAAGUAAUGCAACUGAGGAGAAAAACAGCGGUAUAUUUCCAGAUGAUAAAACAACUGGAGAUGAAUCUGAGGACAUUAAAUUUGGGAAAACAGCUGAUAACAUGUAUGAUACUGCUGUUGGUAAUAUGAAAGUGCAGAAUGGUUCUGUGCGGACUGAUAAAGGUGAGCAAGGCAAAGUAUUGGCAAUUGAAAAGAAUGCAGAAAGACUAGAGGAAGCACAUGAAGAUAUUGAACCCCAGAAAGGAAAAAAAGAACCUGAUGUGGUUACAAAACCAGAAAUAAAGGAUGAACACAACCUAAAAAUAGAGAAAGAAGACGACAUAGGAAAUAAACAGACAGAAGAAAAUAAACUGAUAAUAGCACCCACAACUGAAAACAGCACUGAAACUGGAGAAGCUUUUUCUAAGGAAACUGGUGAAAAAGAAGAAAAGGAAAACAGAGUAGAUCUUCCAGAAGAUAAAAAUGGAGAGGCCACUGCAGAAAAUACUGCACAGCAAAAGGAAGAUAAAGAUAACGCUCAGAAAGAGGCAGUGAUAGACACCACUACAGAAAUUCUAGCUAAUGUUGAGGAUAAAGUGGCUGAUGAAGAAAAGGAACUAAUAAGCCUUGGAGUUGACAAUAAUCAGGAGAUAGGCAGUACUGGUGAAACUCAGAUCAGUGAUGGGGAUAAAAUACCUGAGACAGAGGAUAAGCUAAUGGAAAGUCAGCCUAAGCAUGUCCAUGAGAUAAUCAGCUCUGAAGAAACAGUGUCUAAAAGCCAAGAUAAAGCAAUCGAAGGAGAGAAGAAACUGGAAGAAAGUGAAAAUGAGGAUAUUUGUAAAAUAAGCAGCAGGGAGGAAAGAGAGAUCAAAGACUCUGGAAAAGAUGACACAGACCAGAAAGCAAUAGAGAAUAAGACUGAAGAUAUUCCUGAUAAAGUGGUGGAUAAACCAACCGACAUGGACCAGGAUGCAGAAGGGCAUGGACCUGAGACUAUCCAGAAAAACAGUACUCAAGUAGAGAAGGAACAUUCCGAAAUUACUUCAGAUGAACUAGUAAAGAAUAAGCUUCAAGAUACAGAAGAUGAACAAGCCGAUGACUCUGAGCUCACUCCAGUUCCCAGUAUUAGCAUUAGCACUGAAGAAAAUGAGGAAAAAGUCAAAACAGAUAAUCAAGACAAUAAUGAAACGUUACAGCAGCUGGAAUCAGAGACUCUGAAGGAAAAUGAUGCAGAUUCAGGCACUGGUUCUGCAGCUGAUAACAGCAGCAUUGAUUUGAAUUUGUCCAUUUCUAGCUUCCUCAGUAAAAACAAAGAGACAGGAUCGAUAUCUUUACAAGAAACUAGAAGACAAAAGAAAACAUUAAAGAAAACUCGCAAGUUCGUUGUUGAUGGAGUAGAAGUGAGUGUGACCACAUCAAAAAUAGUUACUGAGAAUGACUCAAAAAGUGAAGAAAUGCGAUUUCUACGGCGUCAAGAGCUGAGAGAGCUAAGACUUCUUCAGAAGGAAGAACAGAGAGCUCAACAGCAGCUCAGUAAUAAACUCUUGCAACAGCGAGAACAGAUGUACAGACGUUUUGAACAGGAAAUGACAACUAAAAAGCGACAGUAUGAUCAAGAAAUAGAAAAUCUAGAAAAGCAGCAGAAACAGACAAUAGAGCGCUUGGAACAGGAACACACAAAUCGUUUACGAGAUGAAGCAAAACGUAUCAAAGCAGAACAGGAGAAGGAAUUGUCCAAAUUUCAGAACAUGCUGAAGAACAAAAAAAAGGAGGUUUUAAAUGAAGUGGAGAAAGCACCAAAAGAGCUGAGAAAAGAGCUCAUGAAACGCCAGAAAGAGGAGCUUGUACAAAACCAGCAUGCUCAGGAGCAAGAAUUUGUGCAGAAGCAGCAGCAAGAACUGGAUGCAUCUCUAAAGAAAAUUAUUCAGCAACAAAAGACGGAACUAGCCACUAUUGAACGAGAUUGCCUCAACAACAAACAGCAGCUCAUGAGAGCUCGUGAAGCUGCAAUCUGGGAGCUGGAAGAGAGACACUUGCAAGAAAAGCAUCAGCUCCUCAAACAGCAACUCAAAGAUCAGUACUUCAUGCAGAGACACCAGCUGCUUAAGAGGCAUGAAAAAGAAACGGAGCAAAUGCAGAGAUAUAAUCAACGACUUAUUGAGGAGUUAAAGAACAAGCAAACUCAGGAAAGAGCACGGCUGCCUAAAAUCCAGCGAAGUGAAGCAAAGACUCGAAUGGCUAUGUUUAAGAAAAGUUUAAGAAUCAACUCAUUAGCUUCUCCAGACCAAGAUCGUGAAAAAAUUAAGCAGUUUGCUGUUCAAGAAGAAAAGAGACAAAAAAAUGAGAGACUGGCUCAGCAUCAGAAACAUGAAAAUCAAAUGCGGGACCUUCAGUUGCAAUGUGAAGCAAACAUCAGAGAGCUGCACCAAUUACAGAAUGAAAAAUGCCAUCUACUGGUUGAACACGAGACUCAGAAGCUGAAAGAGCUAGAUGAAGAGCACAGCCAAGAAUUGAAGGAAUGGAGAGAGAAAUUGAGACCAAGAAAAAAGACAUUGGAAGAGGAAUUUGCUAGGAAACUGCAAGAACAGGAAGUUUUCUUUAAAAUGACUGGAGAAUCUGAAUGCCUUAAUCCUUCAACACAAAGCCGGAUUUCUAAAUUCUAUCCAAUCCCCAGCCUUCACUCCACUGGGUCAUAACUCUGGGAACUGCUGUAGGUUUUUCAUAUUUGGAAUUCUCCAUCCUCAUCCUCUAACGUGAUAUAAUCUGCAACGUACAUCAAAGGACCGUAGCGCUCUUUGUUUUCAGUGGAGACAAUCAGAGUCACUAUCAGUUUUUCCCUUCUCCUCUGGAUGGAAGAAAACAAAAAAGGAGAACAGACGUUGGUGUAUAAUGGUAAUGUGAUGUCUUUCAGGUGUUUCAAGAAUAAGUGGAUUUUUUACUCUAAGACUCAGUACGUUACCUAUGGGUUUGGCUUCAAGUAAGUAAGCCUAAAAUAAUGUAAUCUUUAUGGUCACAAAAAAAAAAAAGGUUUCUUAUGUGAACAUUUAAAUGGUGUAAUACUAGUUCUACUGCUGUGUUUUUAAAUGUCUGAUUUCUCCACAACAGAGUUCCAUAAUGGAAACUGCCAUAAGAGGUUUAAAAUGUUGUAAUGUUGAGUACUGUCUUCAUAACAAGGACUGAAACGAAUUACUCAGAACAUGCCAAUGAUCAGAAAAAUAAACCCUUACAUCUAAAUAUGAUUGGUAACAGCAAAAGCCUUUACAGCUUCUUUAAAAAACAAACAAACAAAAACCUCUGGCAUAAAUUAAACUGAGCAGAUCUCCAUUGCAUAUUUUGUCCAUUAAUUCCAUAAUGGAAUGGGGUGCUAGUUUAAUUAAUACAGUGCCUGAAACACUUAGAUAUGCUACUUUUGGCAACAAGAUAGUGUUUUGUCAUUAAAGAAAACCUCCUUAACAUUGUUGUUACUGUACAAAACAAAAAAAUUCUUGCUGCUACUGCCAUUUUUGUCAUAAGUCCUCACCCUAAAAUAUUUUGCACUAAAAUAUGUAAAGGUGAAAAGAAUGCUAACUUUAAAAUGCACAGUUUGUUGUUUUCCUUAGCUAUUACAGGUGGUUAGUUCUACAAAUGGCAAAAACUGUAGAAUGUAUUUUUUAGAACACAGUGUGCAAAAUGCACAUGGUUUCUCUAACUUUACCUGGAAUAGGUAGAGCCAUCUUUUUGUUCUUACCAAAGCCUAUUCAUUUAAGCUCCUCAGAAAAGUGGAGGUGGAUGGUCAUAUUUAUAAAUAACCAUGCCUGAAGUCUGAUUCAAUUAGAAGUGUUAGACUUGACUUUUUUUUAUUUUAGUCAUUUUAUUUUAUAGAAAGAUUUAAGUUAAAUAUAUAGACAAACUACAAAGCUGGGUUUUUUGCUUUUGUUUUGCUACAUACUAACAUAUACGGUUUUUAUUUUUCAAGUUCAUAGAUGUAUAAUAAGUUAUUUACCAGACUGAUCUGCAGUGGAAAAAAUCUGAAAUGUUUCUCAUAUAGCUGGUAGGAAAAUAUGACUGUAUUAGGUCACUUUUAGUGCACUCCUUUUGAUGGUUAGAAUUUGAGUCAUAUCAAGACAGUAUUAUAAGCUGUACUUUGGUAUGCCAAAGUUAAAUUUGUAAAAUAGUAUUUGCUUUCUGUCAUUUGAGGCCUAUCUUUCUAGUCUCCUUGGAUAUCAACUGUAAAUGUUUCCUUUUUGUUUUGCUAGCUUGCAUUAAAUGUGAGACUGGUGAACAUUAUAUGAUGUUCAUUUCAUGGGAACAGUAUUGAUGCAUGGGAAUGAACUCCUAAAUAACAUAGGACUUUAAUCAGAUCUGGUUGAAAUCUUGGAUGCUGAAAUCCGUGGAUGUUGAACCUAUACCUUCUUAAUGAAGACACUUAAAAUUUACAGCACAGUAAAAAUAAUUGGAAAAUGCAUGUUUUGAUUUAAAUUUUGUAACUUUUUGAUAAGCAUAAUUACUUUAAUAGCUAGCCUUAAUUUCUGGUGUUUUAUUAUAUAAAUAUGUAUUAUGUACUGUUGUAAAUUCACAUACCAUAUCUCUAGAAUGUUAUCUGUUGCUAAAUGCAAAGUUCUUUAAAUUGUUUAUUCAGUAGGGUGAAAAAUGUCUUCGAAGGCCUUCACUUUUUAAACUACACCAUUAUAAAUUGACUAUUACUAAAAUAACAUUAAAAUAAUCCUUAUCUCUGUAUUGAACAGAAUUUAUUUGCAGUUUCAUAUAAAAUAGGCUCAGUGAUUUAUGUGGGAAGUAGAGGUGGCAGGCAAAUUCCCCCUUCUGAAUUCGCUCUUCCUUCAUCCACAUUAAAUUCUCAGAGAAAGAUGUUAUCUUCUCCUUUUAAUACUCUUGGUGGUUUCAGUGAUAAUUUGCUCAUAUAUUGACAUACUGUUUACCUCUGUCUUAAUCUUUUAAAUCUAUUAUUUGAAUUCCAUUCUUUUCACAGAAAACCUCUGUAAUCUGAUCUCAUUGUAAACCGUACAAAUAAAUCACUGAGUUCUCUGAAGAAGGGAGGGCUUGAAUGUAGCAACUGAAGCCUUAGCGAGUGUUUGGUCGGGUCUCGAGUCGUGGAGUGCUGUUAAGCAGUCGCAGCCUUGUGAACUGUACUGAGAACUGAUAUCUGGUGUGAAAACACAUUUUUCUGGGCUGAUAAAAUUGGUUUUGAAGUAUUGUGGAACAUGAAAGAGGUGCACGCUAUUGGGUCAGUGCCAGAAAAUUCAAUUCAAAUGCAUUUAGUCUCACAUAGGCCUGGAAGAGAUCAUCGGAGAUAUAAAAUCCAGUCUCUCCACUUCACAUGUCACUAAUCUCUUUAACAAAUGUAACAAGUUCCAUCUUAAAGGUAGUUAGGUAUGUUUUCCUUAGCUGGAAAUACUGUAUUGUCUUACUGACAUACGGGCAGAUCUCGUUUUCCCUAUAUGCCCCUCAAAAGACGAUCCCAAGUCAGUAUUUGCUCACGUCUGCGUUCUGCUGCAUCAAGGAAAAUCAACAAUGGCGGUAAGAUGUAUGAAGUGCAGUGCAAUAUAUCGGUUUUUCCUUAUAUUUACAAUUGAUCCUCACAGAAGAACUGCCUGUAGGCCCAUGGCCUCUGACCGAUUCAGACCUCAAAAUUUGUUCUUAGCCUCCGAAAGCACAUUUCAGCACCUACUGAAUCUGCUUUCUUGGGACAGGAUCUUGUGAAUGUAGGAGCCUGUGGUCCUACUUGCAUCCUGACAGUUACUAGAGCUCAGAUAUUUGCAGGAUCUUGUAAUGUUCUGCUAAUGCAAUACUGCAGAUAGGUUGGGGAGGUCUUUGCGUAACCAGACUUCAGUUAUUCUUGCUGCCGGCUGCUCCUACAAUGAGGCUCUGGCCUGUGUCGCCCAGAGGUGGCUCUCUGGAGGCAGGUUGUCGGCCCUGGAGGAAAGGGGCCGCGUGUCGGACCUUGCGCCCAGGAGAAAUCUGCUGUUGGCUUGGGUGAGGGGGAGAUAUUCCAGCCUGCUCGUUCCUCUCUGAUUCCAAUAAAAUGUAUUUAAUUGUUUUUUUCCAUGCACUUGGCUGUCUCUGCUGAAUACAUGGAAAAACAUGUACAGCAUGAAAGGAUAUGAUACUGUGGUUAGGGUCCAAAAAACCACAUUUGUUGUUGUUGUUAUGUUUGACUAGAUGUAUCCUACUCUAGUAUUACAGGUUUUCUUUUAGAAGGUGUCAGACUGUCUGAAUACAAAUUCAGAAGAGGCAGUAACGCAGCUAUUGAUAAGGUUGUUUUGAUUUGUAGUGUCAUGACCAGUGGCAUUUACUCAGUGAUUUUCCAUGUCAUUUUUAAAAAACUAUGUUCAUUCCAAAUUGCAUCCUUUUUUUCAGAAUAUGUUUAAGCUAAUAUCCUCUCAAAAUUACAUUCAUGGGUGUUUGAUAUCUAACUGAUCGUAUGAUAUAGCAGUCAGCAGGCUGGCUAUUAAAAAAUGAUUCUUCUGUCCAAAGGGACUUUCUGCAUUAUAACUAUGCUACUUUUUUUUCCCCCCCCUCUGAAUAAAUAAGUAGGAAACUUAGCACCUUAGCUAAGUCAGAGCCUGACAGAACCAAAGCAAGCAGUGGUGUAAUUACUUUCAUCAGAUCACAAUAUAAAAAUGCAUUUUAUGAUGGCAAAUCACAUAGGACAUUUAAGUUAAUUCUCCAGUAUCUGUCUGGCAAGUAUUUCAAGGACACUUCAAUACAUAAAAGCUUUAAAUAAGGUUUUUUAAAUUCAAACACUUAGAUCCACAGUAAGGUAGUCUGAUUUUCAGAGCUGCUGCAUAGCUAUGGCUCCUAAGAACUCAGAAAUGCUCAUCUUCACUGAAAGAGGGAGAAUGUGCUUAAAUGUGCAAAUGAGCUCAAAAUGUCAGUUGUUUCCACUGAAAUACUGCUUUUUGGUUAAUCUGCUAUGGGGAAAGUGGGACAAGUAUUUGAGGAAAGUGACUAUGCUGUCAUUGUAAGAAAGAGCAGAGGAAAAUAUUUAUGAUCAUCAUUGUGUAGGUAACUUUCUGCUUUUUGUGUGAAUAUUUACAAUUCUCUGUCCUUUUACUUGAAUAAAAGGAAGCAAAGCUUCCCUGGGUUGAUGAGUCCACGCACAUUUCCCAUUCCCUGACUUCUAAUGUCAGAUUCAAAGCAGAUAUGGAAAGUGAGGUCAGAGAGAAGUGUCAUUCCUUAUUCAUGGGACAAGCCAAAGUCAGGAUACCCUGUCCUGUUUCUUAGAGUCUUACAAAAGAUAAGAGCAGAUGAAGGGAGGGAAGCACAAAGGAAUCUGUAGUAUUUUUCUGGCUAGGAAGGAUACUAUUUGCAGAGCUUUUAGUGAUGCUGAAAUUAGUGAUGUUGAAGCAUAGUGGAGUUAUUAGCGCUGUACAUAGUACUUGUUAUACUUACACAGAAUUGGGUCUGUCUUGCUCAGGUGUCAAAGUCAGGAGCUUGUUACAGCCAUCACAAAUGGAGGAGGUUGGCCAUUCGCCCAUGCAAAUAACCUUUCAUGUAGGGUUUUUCUAGACUAUGACUUUUCAGUAAAGCCCUAUUUUUCUACUGGAGCUGUAGCUCUGGUUCUGACUGGGAAUAAGGUACUGCAAGGUGGCAGGACUCCAGCCAGCUGCUACGGCCCAGGGGAAGGUAUGGAGCGCUCUGCUCCAGGAGGCUGGCAUGCUGGCAGAUCACACCUUACUUGAGGCCAGUUACCCUUUUGAGACAGGCCCUUUGGUUUCUUUCAGUUGUGCUCCAUCUCCUUCCUCUUGCCUCUCCCACACUCUGCAGGGUAAAAAUUUAUGAAUCCCAAUCCUCCGUUUCUGUAACUACUGCGCUUUCGGCAUGCGGGCAGUCAGUGAAUCCAGAGAGAGAAGGAAGACCUCCUUUGACUAAUCACUGUAAGAACGUGCUCAAAACCAGCUAAUGAACAAGGACUUACAUAAUUCUACUGUACCAAAAGGAGAAGGGAGUACUUUGGUCCAAAAAUGUUUUUAUUUACCAACCUAGGUAAAGCUUCUUUCAAAAAUACUGAUUAUAAAUCACCCAGUCUAAAAUGGUGGAAAAAACAGUGGAAGGGGACUUUGAGUGAAAUCUGAAAUGUUUAACUGUCAUACCUGUCUGCUGUCAGAAAGCCAUGCAGUGCUCUUCUAUGAUAAAGCAUAGAAAUCCAAGGCAUCUCCAACCUCACAUUGUCUCAGCAAUUUGUUGAAUGUUUUGUGUUAACUGCACACCAAGUUAUUUUUGCCUUACAUGAAGGAACCAAAAAUGAGAUGGAUGAAUAAUUGGCUAAGGAUCUGUAUAUGAACAGCUCAUGGAAGUGAAUUUGCAGUAGCAGCCAUACAACAGGUUUUUUUGGCUUGUUUUCUUUAAAGUAAUUUGAUUUCAUGGCUUUCUGUAGAAUAUUGUAAUAAUUCUGCUGUAAAUACAAUAAAAUCAGUUUGCUGAGAUGA